UUUUAUUAACUAUAACCGCGUUACAAUGAUUAAGUGUCAAUUUUGUAAACACGUCAGCUAACAUCGGCGAUGAUAAAUCUAAUAUUAUUUAUUAAAUAAACUCAAAAUGCUUUUGUUUUCUACCGAUAUGAUUAUUUUUAUGAUCAGUUUCAUAGUUAUUUUUGUCAUUUUAUUUAUAUUUAGAAAGCUUACUCGCAACAAUAUGCCGGCUAUUAUUCGUUACGAUGAAGAGAAAUAUUACAUGGAUUUUUCUUCUGCUGUUCCAACAAAAAAACCAUUUCCUGGUCUCUUCGAUGAAUAUUCCUUAUAUUUAUCAGUAAUCGUUCCUGCUUACAAUGAGCAAGAUCGACUUCCCCCGAUGUUAGAUGAAUGUAUGGAAUUUCUGGAAAAUCGCUCUCGUAGAGACCGGCAAUUCUCAUAUGAAGUUAUCAUUGUUGAUGAUGGGAGUUUGGAUAAAACCUCCGAAAUUGGUCUGGAAUAUAGUAAAAAGUAUGGAUCUGAUAAGUGUAGAGUUUUAACCUUAGUUAAAAAUCGUGGUAAAGGUGGUGCUGUUAGACUUGGUAUGCUGUAUGCUCGAGGGAGAUAUUUGCUGUUCGCUGAUGCCGAUGGUGCAACAAAGUUCGAAGAUUUUGAAAAAUUGGAGAGCGAAAUGAGGCAAUCUACUGUAGAAAACAUUUAUUCUAUUGUUGUAGGCUCAAGAGCUCAUCUUGAGAAAGAAGCUAUAGCAUCACGGUCAUUUUUCCGAACAAUUUUAAUGUAUGGUUUCCAUUUCUUGGUAUGGUUAUUUGCAGUUCGCUCUGUUAGGGAUACUCAAUGUGGAUUUAAAAUGUUUACUCGCGAAGCUGGAAUCAUUUUGUUUGCAAUACUUCACGUAGAACGUUGGGCUUUUGAUGUAGAGUUGCUCUACAUAGCUGAAAAAAAAACUAUGGCCAUAAAAGAAGUUGCUGUAAAUUGGACAGAAAUUGAUGGUUCAAAAUUAGUUCCUUUUUGGAGUUGGUUACAAAUGGGUAUUGAUUUGCUGAUGAUUUGGAUUAAAUAUCAAACUGGUAUUUGGAAACUACAAGACACUAAAAAAUUUUCCUGAGUUUAAUUAUUGUGCAACAAUAUGAAAGGUUUAGAAGAUUUAUUUUUAUAUUUGAUUUUGUGUAUCAAAGUUUUCAUUAUCAGCACUGGUAAUGAUUUUUUAUUAUCAAAAGCUCCCUUUCAAAUUUUUUUAAAGGAUUUGUGCGUAAUGGGGGGAGAUUUCUGCAUCGUGAUCUGAGGUAAAAUAAUCGUCAGGUCUUGGAAACUUCCAGGCAGUGUCCCUCGGGAAACUAAAAAAGUCAUCAUGGAAUGGGACCAACUUGAAAGGUAUAAAUCGUAGCAAACAUCUACAUGUUUUUUGGAUACAAGUUUAAAAUCUAUUUGGCACGUUGGCGAUUGUAGUUGGCGAAGCAGAUCACGAUACAGAAAUAUCCCCUUUAAUGGUUUUGUUUUGGAAUUAUUUAUGUUGUUAAUCUUUUUUUUUUUCGUCACUAAAAAUUUUGCAUUUUGGGUAGUGCAUAACAUCCUUUUAUUCUGUAUUUGAUUAAGAGAGCAAAUUUGUCUGUACAUCAUUUUUACUGUUUCUUUUGUUCAUAUAUAGAAGAAAAUGUCAAUUUUAUCUGCCAUAUUAAUUUUUUUCUUCUUCGAAAAACUGCUAUAGAAUUGUAUCAAAUAUUUUUAUAUGGUCUCAUAGUUAAUGUAUUGCAGUUUGGCAUUUAGUUUACGAUGACAAUUAAAUUCUGUAUUACAAUAGGAAAUUAUUUAAAAGAAUUCUCUACAAUAGUGAACUUCUUUAAUUAGUGGAAAUAAUAUAAACCAGAUCCAGAUUUUAAACGAUUUCUUUCUUAUCAGAUCACAAGUAGAAAAAUUCUGUAAGGUUUUGUGGCAUGGAAUUAUCAAUGAUUGUUAAUUUUGAAUAUUGUAUGUAUGCUACUUACCGAGAUCUUAUUUGUCAUCAUUGAAGAAAGUAAUUUAUAAAAACUUCAUAUGCAUAAUUGUUUUAUUUGGUUGUGAUAGAUAUUUACAUUUUUUGUGUAUAAUAAGUACAUUGUAUCAAUACAUGAGCUUAUUAAAAUUCAGUUAUUACUUAAUGUCUACUUAAAAGUUGAAUGUAAAAGUCUUUUUAGAAUAAUUUUGUAUUUUUGCAGUUUCGUUACUUAAAAAUUAAAGUGUGCUCUUAGUUGACUAA